AUGAACCUGAUCUCGCGCUUCUUUAGUCCGCUCCGAGACGGCCCCAACAGUGCUCUAGGCGCCAACAUCUUCGAGCCGCGGCCACCGGAUGCUCCUCGCAGCAGCUUGGAGGAAUUUCUGGCCGAGGCGGCCGAGUGUGUGAACAACGCAGCUGGCUGGGUGCCAGAGCCGAGAUUCGCUGCCAUGACGAUGGCGGAGGCACCCUCUUCCCCACUUAUCAAGCCCCUGGGCACCACUCUCUCCCUCCCGCCGACGCCUGAAUCGCUGGCUUCGCGCCCGGCCUCAGCAACCUCCAGGCCCGGCUAUGUCCAGCAGCACUCGCUGCCGAACAUCGGCACUUGGAGGAGCACCACUCAUUGUGCCCUGUCCAGGUCGAGCACUCCGUCGUCGCCAGACAAGAGUCUUGGCGGUCGAUCGGGGCGCAAAGAUCAUGAUGGUCAGGAUGACAGGGAGCUCCUCUCCGACUACUACGAGAACCUUGCCAAUCUGCACGAGAAGGAGGAGAACAUAAAUAACCUGGAAAUCGACAUGAAGGGGAUGCAAGUUAUGCAGAAGACCCGAGCAUUGCUGGGCCAGCAACCGCUGUCCGUUGAUUUUCAACUGUGGGACCACCAUCGCCAAUCGAUGGACGAUCAGCUGGGUAGCCUACAACGCCAGAACGACAUCCUCCGAACCCACUGCAUCAAGCGCGGCCUUCUUCUGCUCCCGAACCCGUCCGCGUUUAAGAGAAGCAACUCUGUGUCCACAGGGCAAGACAACGGCAGAGUGCUGCCCGAGCCCGGUGUACUCCUCACAAACAGGCAUCGAUCGACCACCCUGCCUGCUGCUGUCGUGGAGCAAGCCGUUUCCAACCAUCGUUCGGAAAGGAAAAGAAUUCCUCGCCCGGCUAAAGCUAUCCUCGAAUACCAUUUCACCAUGACCCCGCAUCCAUCUGAUGCUGAGCUAGAAAUUCUUGCUCUGAAAACGUCGUUGCCGAUCAAGAGAGUCAAGACCUGGUUCAUCACAAGAAGAGCCGUUUGUCAAGAACACAGUGCUUCCAUUUGA